UAAAACCACAGCGGUAGCCACAGCUCCACCACCAGAGACUUUAGAAAAGGAGUAUCCCUGCCACCACGCACUCAGCUCCAACUGGAGGGAUGUGACCCCGGAACAGGACGCCUUCGUAAAACGACACACCAUUCAAAUACAACACAGAAGAAAGGAAAACUGGAGCAGGAGGGAGCUACAGGAGCAGGGGGGAUGAACCGUGAGGAGGCCCCAGGGAAGUCUCCUGAAGAGAUGUACAUCCAGCAGAAGGUGCGGGUCCUUCUCAUGCUAAAGAAGAUGGGAUCAAAUCUGACACAGAAUGAGGAGGCAUUUCUACGGAAUUAUGCCGGAGUGGUUCACGCUCAAAUGAGCCAGCUACCACAACACAACAUUGACCAGGGUGCGGAGGAUGUGGUAAUGGCUUUUUCGCGACAAGAAACCGAAGACCGGCGGCAGUGACCCUGGGCCCCUCCCCCGCCAUCCACGCAACCCAAACUCCACUGACCAACACACCACUGUUGAGUUUCUGGAGAGAGGAUGGGCACCUGUGAUGUAUUGAAAGAGGGCGGGGAGGGCACAAGUUGUUGGUUACCGUUUUCUCCCAAUCAAUUUCAUUCAGCCUCCUUUUUCAUACAAACUGACACACCAUUGCCCCAGACACAGUAGGUAUUCAUUACCUUAGGUUAGGGCGUUGGUAUCAAGCAAGUUGAUCAAAUCUGUACAAAUUAUGUCAAUGCAAAACAAUGUUUGUCUUCUUUUUUUUCCAUAUCUGCUCUUAAUGGUAGAAACAGUGACCGAGGGCAUAAAUUCUUCAGUCAAAUUAAAGAAUUAAGCGUGAGUGUUUUAACUGAUGAGUGUGUGAAACAAAUGUUUUUAUUUUACUUUUUAUUGAUUUAAUUUUUUUUAACUGUACGCAGGGUCCCUGGAGGAGGAAAGGUAACAAAACAAUUGUCGUUUUGAAUGGUUUUCAUGUUUUGUCAAACCAGUUGUACUUGCUGUUUAUUUCUGCUUUUAAUGAUAAGCUGCCAAGAGGGCAAGUAUAUACUAGCGGAAUACACAGGUGCACAUGGCCUUUCUCUAGGCAAGCAAGGUCUUUGGGUUAUUGUGAAAUUAUAACCUUUUUUAUUGUACAGACAUUUGGGGGGAAAUACAAUGAGUUGAAUGUGCCAAUUGUAUUUAAAGAAAAAAGAAAAAAAGCUUAAUCUGUAAGUUGAAUUUAACAUUGAUUUUUAAACAGUGUUUGACUAGAGACAUGCUGUAGAUCUAAUUUAUUAUUGAUUGAAUUCACUCAAACUGUAUAAAAAAAAUCAUGAAAAGAAAACAGACCGAAACACAAUGCCUAAGUUCAUAAAUAUUCAAGAGGAUAAUGUCAGCACUCUUUACAGUGGACCACGGGUGCUCAUGACUCACACUAAUUAUAUCAAACACUAACCACAUCCACUGAGCUACUAGAAAGGUGGUUAAUACUAGAUGACAAACUUUUGUGGCUGCCACCCUUCAGUAAUUGACGUGUAAGAAACAAAAUCAUUUUUCUGUGUUUGUUGAUUGCAACUGGAAUCUUUUAAUUCAAUUAAAUAUUUAGUUUCUUUCAAUCAGACAUAUUUUUUUUCUAGGAACAUGCGCUAUAUUUAAUGUGUUUUGUUAACUCACUUAACUUAAAUAAUUGUAACUUAAUGUUUUGGAACCAAGCAUGCCUGCCUUGUGGUUUACAGUGUACAUUUAAAUAGAUUGUUGAGGGUCUUGAAAGCUGUGCCACAAUGACCUUUGCUUGUACAUUCUCAAAGCUUAUGUAAGCUACUUGCUCUUUAAAAAACAUUUCGAUAAAGAAUCUAUGUACAAAAAAUAGGUGUCAUCCACGUUAUACUGUUAACAAUCAUUUUGGGAUUGAAUGUCCUCUGCGAUCAUGGCUACUUACAUUGCCAAAAAAAACGGUUACACUGUCCGCCUAUGACAAUGAAGUUUGUCUUUUAAUGUUUACUCUUGUUUUGAAAAGAAUAUUAAACCUAAUUUGUCUAUGCAUUGUUUUUCUUUCAUCUUGAAGACAACAAUACAGAGGUGUCUGAUUCUAUGCGUGUGUGUGCGCUUGUUUGUGCGUGUGUGCUCAUGUUUAACUAACAAGGAACAUAAUUACGUUUAACCUUGUGGGAACCUUUCACCUGUCCCCUGGAGGAAACAGGCUUUAAUUAACUUUUGGGUUAGGUUUAGGGGAGAAGUUAGUGUUGGGGUUAGGAUUAGAGUUCAUGGUAUUAAUUAUUUAGGGGUUGGAAAAUAAUGGAUUUGUAAUGAGAAUAUCUUUGUGUCCCAACAAGCAUAGAGAUUCCUAAAAUGUGUGUUAUGUGUUGAAACUACUACCAAUCAGAUUUUUCCCCAUAAUGUUCAGUAUGACUAGAGCUGUAUAUCUUUCAAUGUGAUUACCUGUUGUUGCCUAGUUGUCGUUUUGGGUUAUUUUGUUUUGCAUUUGUAUUUCUCUCAGUUGACAUCCAUUAGUUGGUUCUUGCUUCAUGGCUGCUGACCAUGUGUUUACUAAAUGCUUCCUAUGCCAACUGAACCAUUAAAGGAAUUUUAAAAUGCUAAGACUAAGCAUAUGUAUGUUGUAAUUUUAUCGUUGCCGACAGUUUGGUGAACACUAAUUUAAGUGUUUAUCUAUACGUAGCAGUUUUGGAGACUUGUCGGCAUUAAGAUGUAACCAUCUUCAGCAAUUCUACAAUUCUUUUUUUUGAGCGUUAGAUCAAGCUGAUAAACAACAA